GCUUUUUGUAUUGCUUGGAUGACAGAGUCAGAACUUCAGAAGCCUAGCACCGAAAAUUUUAAAAUAUAACCGUUGGAUAUAAGUUUUAUAUGAAUAUAUUCAACGGUUACGAUCAAGUCUUUUCGUCGUUCUCGGCCUUCCUUUUUCGAAGAAAGGAAAAUGCGGAAAAAUUAGAAAUUUGAGUGAGAGGGGUAACCCAACAUGGAGAUCGAUACUGAUACUGUAAUUUUGCUUACAAGUAGUGAAGAUGGUGAAGCAUUGAGUGACGACAAGAAGAAGAAGACGGCUGAACAUUCAGAUUUCCAUGGCUUGGAAUGCCUCAAAGACAUUAUCGAAGCUCGAGCUUGCAUGAGAAGAAAGAAGAGAAAGAAAAAGAACAAGAAGAACUGCAGCAAAAACCUAGAAUUUCAAGCGCGAAAUAAAGUCAGAGUUGAUGCUGCAACAGAAGAACAACAAUCUGGACAAGCAAAAGCUGUGGAGAUAAAGGAGGUGAUUGAAACAGAAUCGGUGGUUGUACCUGGAAAUGCUGAAGAAAUGCUAGCUGAUCUAUCUGAAGUUGUGAAAACAACAAUAGUUCCUGAGGCAGAAUCAGAUACAAUAUCAAGACACAAUUCGCACCAGAAGAUUUUUAAACAAGCGUUGCAUAAAAUGACAAUCACACCAACUCUUGAGGAUACUCUAUCUCCCACAAGAAAAGAAGAAACAAAAUCACCAAACGAAAUAGUUAGCAGUCCAAUACUUGAGGUCUCUCCUCUACAAGAAAAAGCUUCAAGUAAACAAAUAAUCCCUUCUACAAUUACUACAUUUGAACCAUUGAUGGAGGCUGGAGGACUACAAACUACUAUAAGUGGCCGAGAGACUAGCAAAAGAUCUCGUCUAAUUUUUCCCCAAAUUAGAAUGCGUCCGAUGGCUCCAACUCCUCUAAAUGCUGUUCCCUCCAACACAACAGGAUCAUCAAUAUCGGCUCAAAAUUCUUCAAAUGUGCAAAUUGUUGUGUCUAGGAACUUGCUUGCUGAGCUAUCUAGUAGGGUUAAGACUUUGAACUCUCAAUUAAAUAAUGAAAGUUGCACCUCCAGUCUAGUUCUUGGCUCUGAUCCUUUUCAGCAACAAAGGAAAAUAAUGGCAGCUUUCCUUAAUAUGUCAUUGGAGGAUAUAUACCAUGCCAACGCCUUUGACAAUGUUGAGAGAACUGCUCUCACACUUAUCCAGCACACUUCUAAUCCACUUGAGAAAUCAACCCUAGAGGACCUAAUUUCUCGCUUGGCACAGUUCAAAGAGAAUGUUCCAGAUGCUAUAACAUUGGCAGAGGCUGCUACAGUCCGAAGGACAUCUGUUCUAGAGAAAACAAAAAUUCUUGAUACAAUAUUGGAUCAAAACCAAGAGCAACUCCGUUCCUUAGAAGCUGAAUUCUCUAAACUUGAAGAAGCAGCAGCUGAAGUAGAUGUUCAGAUCCAACUUUUAAUCACCAAAAAAGAGGAGCUUCUUCUUCAAAGGAACUCGGUUGCAUUGAAAUUGGAAAAGACCAAUCAAGAAGCAUCUAGAGCUUUGGGAGAGUGGAGAAGCUUGGAAGAGGAAAACAAAGAAGCCAAUGAUAACUGUCUUCGAGCCAAUCAGAUGCUUGUUCAAUUCAAUGGUGUUUGGAAGCAAUUUGGAAAGUACUUUGGCUUAUAGACAUAUUUGAGUAUUUGGGACACUAGGUUUCUAUAGUCUAUUUAAACCUGGUCACUUAUUAUGGUAAACUGAACUAGUAGCAAGCAAUUAUGUAGAAUGUGCAUUUUUAUUGUUCUAUAAAUGAAAUGAAAGUAGUGGGAAAAGAGAAUCAUCUGAA